AUCGCUUCUCGUGGUAGUAUGUUGGGCAUUAGCCUUUUUCAGUUGAUUCUUGAGUUACGCCAGUCUCGUAUGGGCAUUAUUCAAACUCCGGAUCAACUUCGUUUCUCAUACCACGCUAUUGUCACCGCUGGCAAAGCAAUGUUACAGUUGCCGAGUGACGAACGUCAAUCGACAAAGGUUCAAAUCCCCCUACUUCAAUCUGGUCAGUGUUUGUCUAACGGGUUCAAGGUCACUCUUUAA